AUGCCUAAGGACAAAAGGAGACAAGGAUAUCGAAAGAAACUGCGCUACAAUAGCAACCGACUCGUACGUAAAAUAGCGUUGAAGCAAACCAGCUCUCAACUAGCUGACAACAAUGCAUAUGACCCUCAGAACCCUCAAAUCAUGACAGCUACUCAAAAUUCAACCGAUAUUGGCAACGGUAAUGGCGAUAGUGAUAAAUCGAUUAACCCGAUUACAUUCCUUAAUACCUUGCAUCACAAGUUAAAGACACCGAACCCACCACAUUAUGACUGCAUUCCAGAUCCCCAGGGCGGUGGUUUCUAUUGCACAUUGAUGUUCUUUGACCAAACAUUUAAAUCAACGGUUCCUAAGCCAAAGAAACAACUGGCCAAAGAAGCGGUCGCAACAAUUGCCAUGGAGAGUUUUGAGAAGCAAAUGUCCAAAACUUUUCAACAAGUCCGUCAGACUUUGCUUUCAGCUAAUUCGGCUCCUAAAAAACAGUCAAAAUUGUCGAAAGGAA